UAAUUCCGGCAUUACGCGAUUUUUAUGUUGUUACGGCAACAAUACGUGCACAUGCUCAUGUAUUAUGUCAAGCAAAAAAGGACUCUUCCGGAACGAAUGUCUGCUCCGUCUCUGUCUCCGCCAAUGCGGCACAAACGGAUCUUGUGAUUCCCUGUUAUCCUCAUGACUAG